GGAAAGCAGCACGAGUAGAACUUAAUUCAGAUAAACACACAUGGCUUUGAAGCGUAUUAAUAAGGAACUUCGGGACUUGGAGCGUGACCCACCAUCAUCUUGCUCAGCCGGCCCUACAGGUGAUGAUAUGUAUCACUGGCAAGCUACCAUCAUGGGGCCCGAAGAUAGUCCUUACCAAGGCGGUGUCUUCUUCCUUGCUAUUGCAUUUCCCACUGAUUACCCUUUCAAGCCCCCAAAGGUCAACUUCACCACCAAAAUCUAUCAUCCCAACAUUAAUAGCAACGGCAGUAUCUGUCUUGAUAUUCUCAAAGAUCAGUGGUCGCCAGCCUUGACCAUCUCAAAGGUCUUAUUGUCGAUUUGUUCACUAUUAACUGAUCCCAAUCCGGAUGAUCCUCUAGUCCCUGAACUUGCUCAUAUGUACAAGACUGAUCGCCCUCGUUACGAAGCAACGGCAAGAGAUUGGACAAGAAAGUAUGCUAUGUAAAGGUGUGAACGGUCGCAUUCAUUAUGAUUUUACCCGAGGUUUUUAUCGUGGUUGAUGUUUUAUGCUCGUCCUCUGUACGAUCAUGCUUGUACUUCUUCCUUUUUUCUCUUGGCAUUUCGA